AACAGCGUCUCUUUCUCUCUCUACUACCGCAAAAUGAGUUCAAGAGAUUUCGCUCUGAUUUCGGCUUCUGCUAUCGCCGGCGCCAUAGCAUCUGCUUUUGCUGUAAGUUUCUUCUUACAACCUAAGAGAGUUCGAUCGUCAACGAACAGAAAUCAAAAGCGAUCCUGUCCUUUUGAUCCUUCCAAGCGCCAAGGGUACUUGUCGUGGGAUGAUUACUUCAUGGCUAUUGCAUUUUUAUCUGCUGAGCGGUCUAAGGAUCCUAACAGGCAGGUUGGUGCGUGCUUAGUGAGCCUAAAUAAUGUAAUACUUGGAAUUGGGUACAAUGGUUUCCCACGUGGUUGUUCAGAUGAUAAGCUACCAUGGUCAAAGAAGUCCAAGACCAAUAACCCUUUGGAGACCAAAUACCCUUAUGUUUGUCAUGCUGAAGUCAAUGCAAUUCUAAACACAAAUCACGCAUCUGCUGCAGGACAGAAGCUCUAUGUUACUAUGUUUCCUUGUAAUGAGUGUGCUAAGAUAAUCAUUCAGUCUGGUGUUUCGGAAGUGAUUUACUUUGUGGAGAAGAUGUUAGACAAUUGUGACAACACCUACAUUGCUUCGCACAAAUUGCUAUCCUUGGCUGGUCUCAAGGUAAGGAAGCAUCAACCGCAAAUGGAUCAAAUCUUAAUCGGUUUUGAGGAGCCGUGAACCACCGUGAACCAUUGCUUUUUCUAUGAGCAAGUAAGUCUUUGUAUUGUUUGAAAACAAUGUAACAAAAGAGAUAUCAUCUGUUCAAGGAUAAGUUAUAUAAACGAGUCAUAUUUGAGUUAUUAUUA